AUGGCUCCAUCCAUCAUCUACGGAACGGCCUGGCGCGAGAACAGGACUGCCUCUCUUGUAGUCGCUGCAGUCCUGAAAGGUUUUCGUGCCAUCGACACCGCUUGUCAACCCAAGCAUUAUCGCGAAGAUCUCGUGGGUGAAGCUCUGCUCACUCUCCAAAGCCGACACGGUAUCAAACGCGAGGAUCUCUUCCUUCAAACCAAAUACACCCCAAUCGGCGGCCACUCGACCUCAAAACCCCUCCCAUACGAUCCUUCUACAAGUAUAACCACACAAAUCAACGCUUCUUUUGCCAAGUCGCUCUCCAACUUGUACACGACCUAUCUCGAUAGUUACAUCCUUCAUUCGCCACUUCCUACCCUUGAAGAGACUAUUGAGGCAUGGGAAGCCCUCGGAGCCCUCCAGGACUCCGGCAAAGUUCGUGCAAUUGGGGUCAGCAACACCUAUGAGGUCUCCAUUCUCGAAUCACUCGCCACCAUUCGACCAGUCCAAGUUGUGCAAAAUCGAUGGCAUGAAAGGAACUCCUGGGACAGAGAUGUCUGCCGUUACUGCAAAGAUCACAACAUUCAGUACCAGUCCUUCUGGCCGUUGUCGGGCUCACCAAAACUACUGGCGUCUCCAGAGCUGGCCUCAGUCUCACUUGCUUCCAAAUGCACCGCUCCUCAGGCUCUAUUCAAACUCGCCGUUCUUGGUGGCGUGACACCUUUGUGCGGGACAACUGACGAGGCUCACAUGGAAGAGGCUGUCUCGGUGCCAGCUGUGGUCAUCACAACUUCAUCUGAAGUGGAAAGUCUCUCUAAGACAAUCUGGGGGUGA